UAAAGGAGUGUUUUCUGCGCAAGUUUGGAGGCUGUGCCUGAGUUAACUAACGGCAGUCUCACUCAGAACUACUCCCAGGAAUUCCUCCCCCUGAAAUUAUUGUUGUGCAAAACUUCUGAGACUUGUUUUGAAGUGGAAAACUUUUAAAGCAGGGAGGGAGGAAAGGACGGAGAUUUAUUUUGUCUGCAUUUCUCUGUGAGUGCCACUUUUUAUUCAGCCCUAACACUAGCAAAUACCUUGUAUUCCUGUGUUAAAAAUGUUCAGUUGGAUGAAGAAACACGAGAAGAAGAAGGAGGAGGUGAUUGAGAAAGCUCACACAGUGACUGAGGGGCUGAAGGAAUUGUACAAAACGAAGCUUCUGCCUCUGGAGAACUUCUACAAGUUUCACGAUUUCCACACCCCCUCCCUGGAAGAUGCAGAUUUCGACAAUAAGCCCAUGAUCCUGGUGGUGGGACAGUAUUCCACCGGGAAGACCACUUUCAUCCAAUACUUACUGGAGGAGGAUUUCCCUGGGAGUAGAGUGGGACCCGAACCCACCACUGACUCCUUCAUUGCUGUGAUGCAUGGAGAGACAGAGAGUGUGAUCCCUGGGAACGCCUUAAUGGUGGACGCCAACAAACCUUUCCGCAAACUGACCCCUUUUGGAAAUUCCUUUCUCAACAGAUUGACCUGUGCCCAGCUGCCGAACAGAGUCCUGGAGAGUAUCAGCAUCAUUGACACCCCUGGCAUUCUGUCGGGAGCCAAGCAGAAGGUGACCCGAGGUGAGAGCAUUUACAACCUCAACCCGUCCCCACACGGUGUCUCCUCAUCGCCCUGCAUUCAAUGGACAUUCACUGACUUGGAGGAUGUAACUCUGCCGGUGUUCUGGUGGGGUGAUGUUGGGUCGGGGUGGGGCUGGGCUGAAUGUGUCAGACUCACACUAAUCCAAAUGAAUGUGUCAUUUCUUCAGGAGCAGCUCCGGGUCCAUGACUUCUCAAAGUUCCCUUCCCUCAAGCCCAAGAUGAUGGAUGAGCUGGAUCAUAUGCUCACCUACGAUGUCGCUAAGCUGAUGCCUUUGGUGAGACAGGAGGAGUUGGAGAUGCCAGAACAGUUGGUCCAUGGUGGUGCGUUUGACGGGACCUCCAAUGGGCCAUUUGUUGAAGGCAUUGCAGAUGGAACCUGUGAGGGAGCGGACGACGAUGAUGAAUGGGUUGUCACGAAGGAUAAGCCAAAGUACGACGAAAUUUUCUACAAUCUGUCACCGAUGGAUGGCAAGAUCAAUGGGAUGAAGGCCAAGAAUUGGAUGAUCACGACCAAGCUGCCAAACUCCGUCCUCGGGAGGAUCUGGAAACUUUCCGAUGUCGAUCAGGAUGGAAUGCUGGAUGAUGAAGAAUUUGCCUUGGCUAAUCAUCUCAUUGAGGUUAAGCUGGAUGGCCAUGGGCUUCCCACCGAGUUACCUGGUUACCUUGUCCCUCCAUCAAAGAGGCGGCAGGUGGGAUCCGCUGAGUAACAGGCAAGGAGGAAGGGCAAUUCUUCCUCGGGGCCAACGGAUUCAGUUAGGAGUUUGACAAUUCCAUUGAUUGCAGCAGACUAUGUUCUGGAGACAGGAGGGACUGUUGGGCUGAAUGGAAAUGGAGGGUGGGGAGGGUUGGAUUGUGUAAAGGAGAUUCCUUAGCUACUGUUAAACCAAACCAAUAAGGAAAGUUAUUUCAUUUGGCUGAUCAGUGAAUUUGUCCUCCUUUGAAUUAUUCAAGAGUAGUGCUAAUCCCAACUGUCUCCAGGGUCAUAGACUCAAACAUUGUCUUUUGUAAAGUUGGACUCUGUUGCUUAAAAGUCUUUACCAACUGGGUUAUAAUAUAUCAUGGUUCGAACCCAGUAUUUCAGGGACUGAAAUUGUCCUUUCUUCACGAUAUAACUGUCACUCGCACAUUGGUUCUGGCUGCUUCUCAUAAAAGUUAUUGCAUCUAGCUUCUGUAGUAUUUUCACAAAAUGUCUGUGACACCAAAGAAAUCGGUCUUGCUGGUCCAAUUGCCUCAGAAAUCUCAGUAAUUAUUCAGAAAGCACUUUAACGCCUAUUUUACUGUGCACACCAGGUCUGUGAUGCCUCACAGCUAUCCUCAGCAAAGAACAAUAGCAGACUAAAUGUAUUCACCCAUCACCAUAUCGAGUAGGCUCCAGGUAAUUUAGCUCCCCAACCCAAUCCAAACAAGAAUCACUCUCGCUCAUUGUCCCUGUGGCUAGAGCGUCAUUCCAGGACCGUGAUUUGCUCUGAAGAUCAAAAUUAGUUAUUUAACAACUUGUCCAUUCCUCUCACUUGAAUACUUGAGUGCGCUCACCCGUGUCCAAAGCUCAGGAACAUGACCUCUCCGGCGUGGAAUAAUCACAGCCCCCUAUCACUAAGAAACACACAUCCGCCAACUUGGAAUGUCUCCCUCAAAUGGAAGAUGCAGGCCAUGUUGAUGUUUAUAAAGUAUUAUGGAAAUAUUAUCGUUUAAAACUGCUUAUACACAUUUGUAUCGAUAUUCUGGGUUAACAUUGGCUCUGGUGCUCCGGAUACAGGGUUCACCUUACAUGUCAGUGUGUAGUAACUCCUGUUGCACUUCUAACCUCUUAUCCCUGAACUACCAAAGAACAAAUUCACUAAACCUGCUGCUCACACAGAAGUGGCAUUUGCAGCUUAUGCUCUAAUGAACUAACAACCCAGCUCUAUCUGCUCACCGUGUAUUUCACUUGUAUUGUUUUUGCUGUUGGCUGACAUUUCCUCACCUCCAUUAAUUUUACAAUUAAUAAACAAAGCUAAUUCAAAGAAAACAGAUCAAGUCAGAGAGCACUACAGGUCAACCCAGGCCUGUAACAGAGCAGAGAAUUGAGAAUUAAACAUUCUGUCAGGCCCCAUUAAACACAUGAGGGAGGAAGCGAGCUUCUUCAAGGAAGGCAUCUUUGCAAGAGGAUUCGCAGUAGGUUAAAAUCUUCUUGGAGAAAGUGAGGACUG